AUGGAGGGUGCAGCUGCGGGUCUCUCGCACCAGGCUGACGCAGUCCCCGUCUGCCAUCACUCCCGGGGCGCCCGGCGGCAGCAGCGACACCCGCCCCAGCCGAGGGAGCCCCCAGAGAGCAGCCCUGCUUUAUGGAGGCCCUGGAUGCUCAGAGCAAGAGACGGUGAGAUGACAGAGAAUCAACAAAUGCCAGAACCAGAUGCUCAACUAAAAAAUUUUAGAUCAAAAGGAGCCCUGGGGUUUCAACAUCCAGUGAGACUUUAUUUGCCCAAGUCCAAAUCCCAAAAGUUUCUUAACAACAUCAGAGAGAAGGUUUUGGCGAGUUUUCCAGUACAAGCUACAAUUCACUUCUACAAUGAUGACGCCGACUCUGAGGAAGAUGAAGAAAUCAGUUCAGCCUAA